AUGGCGUCGCCGGCCUCGCGAUGCUGCCUGGCCGUCGUGGCGCUGCUGGCCGCGCUGCUGCUGCUGGCCGGGCUCAGCCUGCUGGUCUGCGGCAUCUUCCUGCUGCUGCAGGCGCCGCACCCGCUUUUCAACGGCUGCACCAUCGUCGCCGGACUGUGGGAUGUGUUGGCGGGCCUGUUUGCGGUCAUACUCUGCGUCACGGGACCGAGGCGAGUCUGGCAACGUUCCCAGCUGCAGCUCGGCCUGCUUUGCUCGGCCCCUGCCGUCAAUGUCGCGCACUUCGUCAUCGUUGGGCUGUCACCGCACGGCAAGCACAUCCAAGCGGUGGCCACAGGAGUUCCAGAAGUGCGGGAGCCGCCGGUGGCCCACAUAUCCAUACUGUCGACUGUUAUAGCGGCGGCUAUCUCCUUCGUCGCUGGAAACGUGGUCUUCUGCAUGCAGCUGUUGUUUGAUCAGUACCAGGUGGGAGCGCGUACGUGGUCAUCACCGAAGUCAAACACGACUUCCAGUCCCCUCAGCUUCACGUAUGCACCGUAUCAGGCCCAGAUGGUGCAGAAGUCGGACGCGCCGGACCUCUGGCUGCCGAGCGGCGUGCCGCUGGCCUCCUGGGUCUACCGCUCUCAGUCCAGCUGUGACGCGCCCGUGCGGGAGACGCGGCUGGACGAGCAGCCGCCUGGCCGAGCCGACACCAGCGCGACCAACGGUCGCGCCUGCCGCGCUGCCUCAGCCUGCUGGGCGCCAUCUACGGGACCGCGACGAGCCGACUGGCCGCCGUCGGCGCGUCAGCUGCGCUCCUUCAGCCUGCUGGAGGUGCGCUCGCCGUCCCCCGCCGCCGCCACCGUCGACCUGCCGGCUAGCUCCGACUCGCUGCUGCUGCUGCGCCGACACCGCUGGCGGAGCGCGCGCCGGCCGGCCCGCCGCUCACGGACACGCUGA